AUGGCAGAGAGUGCAGUUGCCUUGCUGCUAAAUCACCUGACAAUCUUUCUUCAAGAAGAGUCAAAACUCUUGGGAGGAAUUAAGGAAGAAGCUGAGUGCAUCAGAGAUGAACUGGAGCGCAUGAGGGCGUUCCUGAGAGUAGCUGAUGUAAUGGAAGAGAGUGACCCUGAACUCCAAGUAUGGGUUAAUCAAGUGCGUGACGUUGCCUACGACACUGAAGAUGUUCUUGAUGAAUUCGUGCUCCGCCUCUCUCGUCAUCGUGAGGAUGGAUUCUAUGGUUUUCUUCGUAAGAUUUCUUUCUCAAUUAAGAACUUGAAAGCACGCCAUCGAAUUGAUUCUGAGAUAAAAAGAAUAAGGUCUAGAGUGAAUCAAAUUGCCAAGGGACAUCAAAGAUACCGUUACAAAUUUAAUAUCUCAGAGCAAGUCUCAAGCUCCAACAGGGUCAACGACAACACAUGGUAUGAUCGUCGAAGUGAUGCACUUCUAAUGGAAGAAGCUGAGCUUGUAGGCAUUGAAAGGCCUAAGAAGCAGCUGAUUGAGUCGCUUGUGGAGGAAAAUCCAAGACUCAAAGUUGUUUCCGUUGUGGGAAUGGGGGGUUUGGGGAAAACCACUCUGAUAAAGAAAGUUUAUGAUGAUAGAGAGGUAAAGGGACACUUUGAAAUCCAUGCUUGGAUCACUGUUUCACAGUCCUUUGAGCUCAGAGAACUUCUCAAAGACUUAAUUCAACAACUCUUUGGUGAAACCAAGCAAUCAGUACCGCAAAUGUUGGAAACAAUGGACAUCAAUAACCUGAAAGCACAAAUCAAAGAUUUCCUCCAAGCAAGCAGGUAUUUGCUUAUCUUAGAUGAUGUAUGGAGUAUAAAUGCUUGGGAUGCUUUAAAAUAUGCAUUGCCUGACAACAAUUGUGGCAGCCGAAUACUGCUCACAACGCGCAUUAGUACCAAAGCUUCUACAUCUUGCGUAGAAUCCUAUGGUAACAUCUACACCAUGAAACCUUUAUCCCCAGAAGAGUCUUGGACUCUGUUCUGUAGGAAGACAUUUCAAGGCAACUGCUGCCCUCUACAUUUAGAUAAAUUCGCGAGAAGUAUCUUAAAAAAGUGUGAGGGCUUGCCACUUGCCGUUGUGGCAAUUAGUGGCGUUUUGGCUACAAAAGACAAAAUUAGAGUCCAUGAAUGGGAAUUGGUUCUCCGUAGCCUAGGUUCUCAAUUAGUAGGGAAUGACAAACUUGAGAGUAUGGAAAAAAUACUCUCUCUCAGUUACAAUGAUUUACCUUGUUAUCUAAAAAUUUGUUUCUUGUACUUGGGUAUAUUCCCUGAGGAUUAUAAGAUUGAGUGCAUGAGGCUGAUUCGAUUGUGGACUGCAGAAGGUUUUGUGAAAUUGAGAGAAGGAAUGACGGUGGAAGAAGUUGCUGAAGGCUACCUUGAUGAGCUUCUUAAUAGAAGCUUGGUCCAAGUGGCAGAGGUCUACCAUGAUGGAAGGCUUAGAAGGUGCCGCGUCCAUGACCUUUUUCGUGAAAUUAUUACUUCAAAGUCGAGAGAACAAAGGAUUGCGGUAACAGUUGGGGGAGGAAGCACAAGGUGGCUGGAAAAAGUUCGCCGUUUAUCUAUGCACUAUACCUUGGGGAACUUGCAGCAAAUCAAUUGUUAUUCUCAACUUCGUUCAUUGCUUUUGUUCCGGGUGUCAGAACCUCUGUCCAAAUCAUCGAUGCCUAUGUUAUUCAAUGGUGGUGUGAGGUUGUUGAAGGUUUUGGAACUUAGAGGUGCUUCUAUAGAGACACUUCCAAAUGAAGUUGUCAAACUCUAUCAUCUUAGGUAUUUAAGCUUGAGGGGAACAAAGGUUAAAAUGCUUCCCAAUUCCAUCGGGAAACUUGAAAACCUUGAAACAUUAGAUCUCAAAGACACCUAUGUAAAUGAGUUGCCUGUUCAAAUCCUAAAGCUCCAACAACUUCAUCAUCUCUUGGUGUAUCGUUACAGUGUUGAAGAUUUUCUACCCUUCUACCAUUCUUAUGGUUUUAAAGCAAUAGUGGGAAUAGAAGGUUUGUCUUCCCUACAAAAACUUUCUCAUAUCGAAGUGAACGAUGACAAUGGCAGAAUUGUAGUGGGAGAGCUAGGGAGACUGACCCAAUUAAGGAGAUUAGGAUUUAGAAAGUUGAGAAGGGAAUAUGGGAUGGCUUUGUGUUCUUCCCUUCAAAAGCUAAGCAACCUUCAAUCAUUGUCUAUAGGCUCAGUAGAAGAGGAUGAGAUUGUUGAUAUUCAAACUUUAUUUUCACCUCCCCGGUUUCUUCAACGACUCUAUUUGAAGGGGUGUUUAGAAAAGUUGCCGCACUGGAUAACUUCCCUUAACAACCUGGUGAGAUUACGGCUUUCGUCUAGCAAGUUAAGGGAUGAUCCAUUGCAAUGCCUUCAAGAUCUGACCAAUCUAGUGGAAAUUGAACUUAUUCGGGCUUAUGAAGGGGAAGAAUUGUGUAUCACCGCGACCGGGUUUCAGAAGCUUAAGAGAUUACAACUUGCAAAAUUAGAAGGAUUGAGGUGGGUGAGAGUGGAGAAGGGAUCAAUGCCUCAUCUCGAAGAGCUAAUUUGUGAGGACUGUAAGUUGGUGGAAGAGGUACCUACAGGCAUUGAACACCUAGCCAAUCUUAAAUCUUUUAAUCUCUAUGGUAUGUCUGAUAAAUUGAUUAUGACACUGAAUCGAGAAGCGGAAAGUGGGGAUUAUUGGAAAAUAGCACACAUUCCCAACGUUUGGAUUGGAACUUUCCUACAUGAUUGUUGGAAAGGUUAUUCUCUAUAG